AUGCGCCUGAAUGAGAACCCUGUUGCAAGACUAUCGCGUUUCGUGGAAAAGUCGUUCUGGAAUGCACUUACACGCCGAAUUGACGGUUCCAAUAUUGCAGCCGUUGCAAAAGAUCCGAAGGACUGGACUCCUGACCCCGUUCCCCGGAUCUAUGUACCCCCUGGAGCUCCUGAACAGUACGAAUACUACAGGCGAAUUGCCGAAUCCGAGCCAGAUUUACGCUUGGAUGUUCAAUAUCUCCCAGAAGGAGAGCCUACCGCUGAGUACGUUAAGAACUUAAAUGAUAAACCUGGUCUUCUUGCGUUGGCUGUGGAGGAAUAUACAAAUCCGAACUCGGGGAUAAAGGACUUGAGGGGUGUCCCUUUCGUUGUGCCUGGAGGUAGAUUCAACGAGUUCUAUGGAUGGGACAGCUAUAUGGAAUCACUGGGACUCAUGGUAAAUGAUCGUGUGGAUCUAGCGAAGAGUAUGGUUGUAAAUUUUUGCUUUUGCAUUAAGCAUUAUGGGAAGAUCCUCAACGCCAACCGCUCCUACUACCUGUGCCGAUCCCAGCCUCCAUUCCUUACCGACAUGGCUCUUCGAGUGUUUGAUCGCAUUAAAGCGGAGCCCGAUGCAAAGGAUUUUCUUCGAACGGCGAUGUUGUCUGCUAUCAAGGAAUACUAUUCUGUAUGGAUGGCGGAGCCAAGAUACGAUCCCAUUACGGGGUUGUCCCGGUACCGACCAACCGGCCUUGGAGUUCCUCCCGAGACAGAGCCCUCUCAUUUCUACCAUCUAUUACUCCCUCAUGCAGAGAAAUUGGGCAUAACUUUUGAAGAAUUUGUCAAGGGUUACAACAAUGGGGAAAUUAAGGAUCCCGAGCUGGAUGAGUAUUUCCUUCACGAUCGCGCCGUGAGGGAGUCCGGACAUGACACCAGCUAUCGCCUUGAGAAUGUUUGCGCCAAUCUUGCUACAGUUGAUCUGAACUCUUUGCUCUAUAAAUACGAAGUCGACAUUGCCCGAACCCUCCGCCACUUUUUCGAUGAUAAACUUGCCAUUCCUCCCGAGUAUAGGACAACCCAAAACGCUGAAAAGGGGUUCGAAUCAUCAGCGGUGUGGGAUCGCCGGGCGAAACGCAGAAAGCUAGCGAUGGAUAAAUAUUUAUGGGAUGAAGGAAAAGGGAUGUAUUUCGACUACAACACCGUUAAGCAAGAGAUAACAGACUACGAGAGCGCCACAACCUUUUGGACGAUGUGGGCUGGAGUUGCAAGCCCCCGCCAAGCGUCAAGACUUGUCAGUGAGGCGCUUCCCAAAUUCGAAGUAUAUGGAGGACUGGUAUCAGGAACUGAAAAGUCUAGGGGCGUUGUUGGCAUCGAUAGGCCCAACAGACAGUGGGACUAUCCAUACGGGUGGGCGCCGCAGCAGAUGCUGGCGUGGUCAGGACUUAUCCGUUAUGGAUACCAGGAAGACGCAGAGAGACUGGCCUAUAAGUGGCUGUACAUGAUUAUAAAAGCAUUCGUAGAUUUUAACGGCGCUGUGGUAGAAAAGUACGAUGUUACCCGUCCUAUCGAUCCCCAUAAAGUGGAAGCUGAGUAUGGGAAUCAAGGAGGGGAUUUUAAAGGCGUUUCUCGGGAAGGAUUCGGCUGGGUUAAUGCAAGUUUCGUCUAUGGUCUGGAAUUUCUUAAUGCUCAUAUGAGACGUGCCCUGGGUGCAUGCACUCCAUACGAGACCUUCAGCAAAGCCACAGCCCAAUGGGCAUCCCCCAGUUGGGAUCAUCCGACUAAGGGAUGA